AUCUUGAGUCAGAUGACUGUGCGUCCAUAUACAUCUUCAACGUAGACCAGCCGUCAUCCUCUGUGAACCAGCCCAUUUGCAUUCCUCGCCAUGGAUUGCAGUCUCACUCCUCUCCUCUGUCACCACCAACAAGACUUCAGGGUCACAAGAGCUAUGAAGGAACUUGUGAGGUUCCAGAACCCAAAUACAGCCCCCUAGGAGGACCCAAACCCUUUGAGUGCCCUAGUAUUCAAAUCACAUCUAUUUCACCCAACUGUCAUCAAGGAAUUGAAGCCAACGAAGAUGAAUUGCACACAAAUGGCACAGAAAAUGAAUAUAUGGAAAGGCCUUCUCGGGACCAUCUCUAUCUUCCUCUUGAGCCAUCGUAUAGGGAGUCAUCCCUUAGUCCAAGCCCUGCUAGCAGCAUUUCAUCCAGAAGUUGGUUUUCGGAUGCUUCCUCUUGUGAAUCCAUUUCUCACGUUUAUGAUGAUGUAGACUCAGAGCUAAAUGAAGCAGCGGCUCGAUUUACCCUUGGCUCUCCUUUGGCAUCUCCUGGUGGUUCUCCGAGAGGCCCCAGUGAUGAAUCUUGGCAGCAGCCUUACGGAUUUGGGCAUGCCUUGUCACCUAGACAGUCUCCCUGUCAUUCUCCUAGAACUAGUAUUACAGACGAAAAUUGGCUAAGCCCCAGACCAACAUCAAGACCCUCAUCAAGACCUACGUCCCCCUGUGGGAAACGCCGACACUCCAGUGCUGAGAUUUGCUAUGCUGGUUCUCUCUCUCCUCACCAUUCUCCAACUCCGUCACCUGGCCAUUCUCCCAGAGGAAGCAUAACAGAAGACACGUGGCUAAACACUUCCAUCCAUAACGUACAAGGCCUCAAUUCUGGCCUCUCACCAUUUCAGUGUUGUACAGAGACUGAUAUUCCUCUAAAAACACGAAAGACCUCCGAGGAUCAGACUGCCACUUUAUCUGGAAAAAUAGAUGUCUGUCCUGAAGAACAGGGUAACUUGUCGCCAUCCCUUGAAACUGCAGUAGAUGACUGCUCUGGAUCGCAGCACACCUUGAAAAAAGAUUUGCCCGGAGACCAAUUUCUUUCUGUUCCUUCGCACUUUACUUGGAACAAACCAAAGCCUGGUCAUACUCCUAUAUUUCGCACAUCUUCAUUGCCGCCUCUGGACUGGCCUUUACCAAGUCAUUAUGGGCAGUGUGAACUGAAAAUAGAAGUCCAGCCUAAAACUCAUCACAGAGCUCACUAUGAAACAGAAGGAAGCAGAGGAGCAGUAAAAGCAUCUACUGGAGGACACCCUGUAGUGAAGCUCCUAGGCUACAGUGACAAGCCAGUAAACCUGCAGAUGUUCAUCGGAACAGCGGAUGACCGCUACUUAAGGCCGCAUGCGUUCUACCAGGUGCACCGAAUCACUGGAAAGACAGUUGCAACAGCUAGUCAAGAGAUAAUAAUUGCCAGCACAAAAGUUUUGGAAAUACCACUUCUUCCUGAAAAUAAUAUGUCAGCCAGUAUCGACUGUGCGGGUAUUUUGAAACUUCGCAACUCGGAUAUAGAGCUCCGUAAAGGAGAGACGGAUAUCGGAAGAAAGAACACCAGAGUGCGACUUGUGUUUCGUGUUCACAUCCCGCAGCCUAGUGGGAAAGUCUUAUCUCUGCAGACUGCUUCCAUACCUGUUGAAUGCUCUCAGCGAUCUGCUCAAGAACUUCCUCAGAUUGAGAAGUACAGCGUCAACAGUUGCUCUGUCAAUGGAGGCCAUGAAAUGGUGGUGACAGGAUCCAAUUUUCUUCCAGAAUCCAAAAUCAUAUUUUUUGAAAAAGGACAAGAUGGACGACCUCAGUGGGAGGUAGAAGGGAAAAUAAUUAGGGAAAAGUGUCAAGGGGCAAACAUCAUACUUGAAGUUCCUCCAUACCAUAACAAAACCAUUACAGCUGCAGUUCAGGUGCAGUUUUAUCUCUGCAAUGGCAAGAGGAAAAAAAGCCAGUCUCAACGUUUUACUUACACACCAGUUAUAAUGAAACAAGAGCACCGAGAUGAGGUAGAUUUGUCUGCUGUUCCGUCUUUGGCCCUGCCUCACACAAGCAACGUCCAGGGACUGCAUUCUAUCCGAACUCAAUUGCCUUCACCAGAGCAAGGGCAUCCACAUGACAACUUGCUGUCUACGUCCCCCAGGAGCCUUGUGUGUCCAGUUCAACCACCGUACACGGCAAUGGUGACCUCGGCAGUACCCCACCUGCCACAUAUGCAAGGUAGAAACCUCAGCCCAAGCGAAGAGUGUCAUGUUUUACCUCCUGCAGUGGUUCAGUCUUUUCAGGUAACAUCAGCACCUCCGGUGAGGCCUUCUUACCAGCCUAUGCAGUCUAACGAUGUGUACAAUGGACAGUCUGGUCUUCCCAUGAACUCUGCCUCCAGCCAAGGCUUUGAUGCUCUUUCAUUUCAGCAAGACACAGCUGUACCUCAUUUGAUAAGCCUUAGCUGCCAAGCUCUGCCACCAAUGCAGUUUCAUUCUUCAAAUCCAGGUUCUGUGUCAACGUCGAGUACAGCAGGGCACCCACUAGCACACCCAGCUCAUGCAGGACAGUCUUCUCACCUACCGUCGAUGGCAUACCACUGCCCCAGCGCUGGGCAGGGCUCCAUCCCUUCUGCAAUGAGCCGGUCCCUUGGGCAGUCUUCUCCCCAGCUGCAGCAAGUCCCAUACCAUUCUACAACUCCAGCAUCCGCUUCGUCCCCAUCCCCAACAGCUUCCCACCCUUUGGUCCAUUCACCGCUGUCUGGACCUUCUUCACCCCAGCUACAGUCUAUGCCUUACCAGUCUCCUAGCUCAGGACCCGCCUCCUCUCCCCCGCCAGCCACUGUAAGUCACUCGGGACAGCACUCCCCUCAAGCACACAGUCCAGCCGUGGGAGGUCUUACUGCAGCACCAUCCCUGGUGCACCACGCCGUGUGUGAUUCAUCUCCGUUUUCACCAGACGGGGCAGCUGUUAACAUUAAACCGGAACCUGAAGAUCGAGAACUGAAUUUUCAAACGAUAGGACUGCAGGACAUCACACUGGAUGAUGACAGUUUUAUCUCUGACCUGGAAUACCAGCCAUCAGGUUCAACAGAGAAAUGGACUCAACAUUCAGCCUCAUGUCCAACUCCUAUGUGGAAAAUCUAGAGGUGAAUGAGAUCAUAGGAAGAGAUAUGUCACAGAUCUCAGUGUCACAUGGAACAACAGCGGCCAGCCAGUCUGCACGUGCAUGUCCUGGAUCUCUGGAGACACGAAUAUCUGAUGGAAUCCAGUAACGGAUAAGCUGACAACUAAACAUCCAUGAAAACUCAACAGUUUCUCUAUUUUUCGUCCUCUUCCUCUUUAGACUUACUGUGCUUCCAACUCUGUGGCCUUUAUGAACUGGAACAGUGGAUCCUUGCAGAGCCCCUUUAGCGGGUUACAUUUUUGAUGCAGAGACAGAGCAUUUUAAUUAUAGUUCCUCAGAUGCUGUAAAGAGACUUCUUAAAACGGACACACAGAAUCUACACCAGAUAUUUUAACUGUUUUGAAGUUACAAACAAGCUUUGCUUUUUGCAUUUAAGUAGAAUACUUUUAUAUUGUAAGUGCUUCAGAUGUGUGGA